CUCCCCUCCCCCUCCCCCUGCCCCCUCCCCCCAGGACCAUCCCCGGGACCCCCGAUGGAGCCGCUUUGGACGCCUCUGCUCGGCCUCUGCUACCUUCUGGCCGCCGCCACCGCCGAUCGCCACACCGUUUUUUGGAACAGCAGCAACCCCAGGUUCCAGAGCAAAGAUUACACGGUCUACGUCCAGCUCAACGACUACUUGGACAUCGUGUGUCCCCACUAUGAGGACGAGGCCGCGGCUAGCGGACGACCCCUGGAGCGUUACACCCUGUUCCUGGUGGAGCGGGAAGACUACGUUCUGUGCCACCCCAGCUCCCGCGACCAGGUCCGCUGGCAGUGCAGCCACCCCACCGCCCGCCACGGCCCCGAGAAGCUCUCCGAGAAGUUCCAGCGCUUCACCCCCUUCACCCUGGGCAAGGAGUUCAAGGAGGGGCACAGCUACUAUUACAUCUCCGAGCCCCUUCACGAGACCCUCGAAGCCCCCUGCCUCAAGCUCAAAGUGACGGUCAGCGACCGGACCUCCCACAACCCGCCGCUCGACGCCGAGACAAAGAAGGAACCGGGACUCCCAGCUGACGAUCCAGAUGCCCAGGUCCUGCACAGCGUCGGACACAGCGCCGCGCCGCGCCCCUGCCCCCUGGCCUGGUCCAUGCUGCUCUUACCCCUGAUCCUGCUGCAGACCCCCUGAGGGAGGGCGGCACCGGCCUCGUGUGAAGUCUGGUCCCGGCGACCCCGGCGGACGGGAGCCGCCCCUUCCUCUCCACUCCCCCGCGCCCCCCACAACUCACGCACAAGCUGCCCCUCUCCUGUGGUGGGAGGCGGGGGCGGGCCCAAAGACAGAGAAGUGGGAGGGGCUCGAGCCCGGGUUCGGGGGGCAGUGCCCACCGGCCUCCUGGACUCAUAAAUCCCCCUCCCUCCCGCAGGGGUGGCGGGGGGGAAAGGCCCCGACCCUCUUGCAUUUUGCCAAAGAAGAACAAUAUCAGGAAUCGUCCCGCUGGGCACGGCCCCGGACGGAGAGGCGCCGGGCGGUCAGCCCUCCCUCGUGCCCGUCGGUCACCCGCACACUGGAACAACCGAGGGGGCGUCCCCUCCCCUGCCCCCGGGCCUGGGAACGUUCCUGGAAGUCGAGAGGAGAGAGAAAGGACCCGCGCCAGGCCCUUCUUCCAAGCCAACGUCGCGAAACUCGCCUCUGCCCUGGCCAGACUGUGGGGAAGAAACGGGGCGGCGGGGGGUUGGGGGGGACCGUGCUCACCCCGGCGGAGGGGGCACGGUACCUUGGCAGUGCCGAUGUUUGCCGCUCGUGUAGCCUGUUGGGCAGUGCCCAGUGUAUAUAGUUUGUGUACAUAAUCUCUGCCCCCUUCCCCGAACACUUGUAAAAAGUUCUGUGACUGGAAUUUUUAUACGAUUAUUGCGUUGGAAAUAAAAUGGCCACGAGUCGUCGGUU